GGCUGUGUGUCGCGACCUGUGCGACGGCCUGAAGCUGACUCGACUCUGCCCCGCCGUGUUCUGGGCACCCGGGAAGGUGCUGGGACCUUGUAUUCCUCUUGGUUGCCCUCAAAAGUGAGUUCAAUAUUUUUUUAAUCUCUUUAGUGCAGAGCCGAAAGAGCAGAAGCAGCAAUGUUUCACGCAGUGCAUCAGAUGCCAGGUGAGAACCUCGGUUCUCCCGGGGCCGGCGCCUUGCCCAUGUUCCGAGAGCAGCGCUCCUCCUCGCACGGCCUCGGGGGCAGCAGUGGUGGCGGUGCUAGGGGCCGGAGCGGAGUCGCGACGGCCACCGGCAGCGGGAGGAGAACCCACCGGGUCGGCGGUGAUGGCAGCGGCAUUCUGUCCGCGUCCGUUGAAGCCGGCGGCGAUGUCGGCGGUUCGUCGGAUUCAAAUGAACCGCCCAGAGUGCUCGAGAUGAGGCCGCUGCACCACGGGGGUACCGCCGCCGCCGCCGCUCGGCGAAGGAGGAGCGGGUACUCCAAGGAGAGUGGCAGGUCGACGCCAGGACGGAGCAAUAGUAGUCAUCAUCGUUCGGGCGCCGCCACUGCUUUCGCCGGACCGGAUGGAAUUGACGCUGGCUUCGCGGACCCGGGCACAUUUCGAUGGGAUGCGACCGUCGCCGACGCCGCCACUGCUCAGGGAGAGGACUGUUCGGAGGGUGACGAGGAGGAGGAAAAGGAAGAAGAGGAAGAGGGAGGGGGAGAGGUCAGCAGGAGGGACGGGAGGGUGGCUGGCACGGGUUGCAGAGGGCGAGGCAAGGGCAUAAGACGGAGCAGCAGCGGCAAGCUUGCGGCGGUAAACCCUUCGAGGUCGGGGGGGGGGGGCAUGGUCGACAUUGCGCUUGCUUCAAGGCACCAGAGCGUGUGGUACAUCAUCACGCCUGAGUCGAAGACGUACCAGAUUUUCGACCAUAUCGGCGACUUUUUGACGAUGUACGUGGUGGUGGCGAUACCGCUCUUCGUCUCGUUCCAGCACAUCGAAAACAUGCACGCGGAGGACUGGCACGCCUUCAACUUCGUGGUGGACGUGUGCUUCCUGGUAGACCUCGCGGCGCGGUUCCUGACUGCGUACCACGACGAGUACGCCAACAGGAUGGUCUACGAGCCCAUCGCGAUCGCGCGGAACUACUCCCGCGGGCUGCUCGUGUUCGACCUUAUCGCCUCUGUCCCGCUGACCAUCAUGCUGGGCGUGCACACAUUCAGUAUCUCCAACAAGGUGACGAGGCUGGCCAGGAUGCCCCAGACCCUGAGGUUGAUUCGGUCUAUCAAGAUGCUCAGCGAGGAGGCGGAGAAGACCAACCGAAAGAACAUUCUUCUCGCCAUGUACAACUUGGUAAAGGUUGUCCUCUACAUCCUUCUGGUGAUGCACUGGGUGGCGUGCGGCUGGCACCUCCUGGCGGACAUGGAGGACGCUGACCUGUCAUGGAUCGUGAAAGACGGUCUGGAAGACGCGCCAGCCUCCACGCUCUACGUGACCUCGGUGUACUGGACCGUCACCACGCUGUCCACUGUCGGCUAUGGCGACAUCUUCGCGAGCACGAUCGCCGAGAGGACAUACUGCAUCCUCGUGAUGUUGACGGGGGCCACGAUGUAUGCCCUCGCGAUCGGUGCCGUGAGCCACAUCAUCACCACCGUGGUCGCCAGGCAUUCGCAGUCGAGGCGCAUAGAACGGCAUGCGGAGGCGUUCAUCCGCAUGCACUCGCUCCCGCAGUACUUGGCCUCCGAGAUCAUGCGCACGCUAAACAUCUCCGGGGAGACGCAUCAGAUGCUGGAAAAGAAGGCUCAGAACACUCUCGAGCUGCUGCCCUCGAGCGUUCGCACCUCCACGCUUCUGUGCAUCUACCGACGACAGAUCGCGAGGAUCAAGUUUUUCAAGGAUCGGAAGGAUGUCUGCCCGGUGUUCGUGACGUCCGUCAUGCGAUCCAUGCACGACCACAUUUACCCCAAGGCUGGGGAGCGCGUCUUGCUCGAGGAAGGCGUUUCGGAUGAGACCAUCUUCGUCGUGCGCGGGCGGGCGACGGUCACUCGCCGAGGCGUGGAGGUGGGAACGCUGAGCGCCGGGUCGUGCUUUGGGGCGAUGGCGGCGCUUCACGGGGGUGGUGUUCGCAGAGAAUCGGUUACGUGCGUAACGGACUGCGAGAUGUACACUAUCGAGGGGAAAGCGCUAAGACGGAUCGCGAGGGCAUUUCCGGGGCCCAUGUCCGAGCUCAAGGCCGAAUCGGAGCGGCCACUGCUGUUGCUGACCACCGGGGAGCGUAGAGGGAGCCUCGGCGACACGGCUUCUGACUCCGCUCCGGAGAUUCGAAGGCGUGGGAGUGACGCUUCCGCUGGCGGGUCUUUGGCGUCUCUCCACAAGGUGACGGCCGGCGACAAGCAAGCGCUACAGUCGGCGAACAUUGUCCAGCCUACCGCGGAUGCCAACCGAAGCCUAGCGAGAUGCCUCGCGGAAGCAAGCCGGGCGGAGGAGGAAGCGUGGGACCGCCUGCAGCUCCUCACCGGCAGCCUGAGGACCUUGCGUGGCUGCCUCGGCGAUAGUAACCGAGAGCUCCAACGCCAGAUCCCAGACGUGUCUCACGCCGGUCGCGACGGGUUAUCGAGCGGGGCUGACACCUCGGGCGGCUUGCGGUUGGGCGAUGUCAGCCUCCUACCCUCUUCGUCGAGCGACCCUAACGUGUACUGUAGUUCUCCGCUCUCCCGAGGAUUGAAUUGAAGGGGGGCUGGGGUAAGUGUGGUGUCGUGCCUGUUCGAACGUGAGUGGUGUGUGCUCCUUCUUCGUGUGUCUGUGUUGCGUGUUUGGUUGUGGGGGCUGUCGGCCGCGCUUACCAUCUGACCACUGGAAAUAUAUAUGGAGGGACAAGAAUCGCGAAAGAACGUUUUUCGUUUGUUGUCCGAGGUUUGUGUGUGUUGUGUUUGUUUUUUGUUUUUUGGGUUCAACGGCACCGACCCGAUAUCGCGGCGCUGCUCGCUGGUACAAGGAGCGCUAAAUCGCUCUCAAUUUAGUCUGCGGGGUUGGGCAGAGUGUAACAGCAGUGUGAAUCCUGUAGGUUGCAUCAUUCGGAUGGUUUUCUUGGCGCCAUUAUUUUUAUGAAUGUAGUAUUUUUGGGGUGUUGGACACUUGGCAUGCCUUGGUUGCCUACGAGUCAUUUGCCACUGAAAAGGAAUGUUACAAGGAUCGUUGACCGGGUUGGACUAAACGGCGUAGGUUUGACCAGAUUCCCGGCGGAGUCAAUCGAUGUUCCUGGGGUUCUUUUGGUUGCGAUGACGAGCAUCGACGUAGUCAAACCAAGUUUUGGCCUUUAUACCGCGGGACAUCGUUUCGACAGUCCCACCUGGACGAGUCCUUCCAUCUGUAGUACUGACUCACCUUCUCCCGCGCCCACAGAAAUGUCUGCACGGUUACCACUGGUCCACGUUUAUCUGACGCUCAUGAGGUACACAAGAGUAGAUUAGAGCAAAGGGAGAAUAGAAGACCUGUCGAUGAGCUGCACCUAGGGGAGCUUGAACAUUUUCAUGGGGUAAAAGGCUGUGGGAGAAGUUUCGAUAAUGAACUCGCCUGGGUGCCAGGUCCCGCUUGUUGGCCUCACCGGCAUGGAAGGGUCUCGUUCGUGCGCGCCGUGCACUCUGGUUUCCGGAAGGGCAUGCACUGUACUGCGCGCUACCGUGAGGGGGGGUGUGACAGUCGGAAGGAGGGGUCAAGGUGCACAACAAAGUAGUCUGGGAUGAGAUCGCCCCGUACCAUCCCAAGUAUCAUGGCCACAACGUCAGUCCGUGAAGUGGGGUGGGUGACCCCCACGGUCAGGGGAGUCGAUUUUCGUUUCUCUCUACUGAUAAAAACUGUAUCACAGAAUUUGGGUUUAAAGUCGCACGCGCUUGCCUUCGGCGUUUAUCCGUGGUGUGGGGUCGAUCGUGCAUCUCCUUUGUCGUGCGCCACCUGAUUUUUCUGUUUGGUGUGGUCGUUGUUGAACGAUACGGCUUGACGUCUCUCGCGGUAAUGCAAGGUCAGGGGUUCGAAUCCCGGCGUGCCUUCAUAUGCAGCAACUCUCCGGUAACGUCUGGCGAGAGCCCUGCGUGAUACCGACCAAAGACGUUGUACCUGUGUUUGAGUUUGGAAGCGGAAACGGGGUUGAUGCCUUUUAUUUCCUGGGCCGAAAUCCCGACGAUCAACCCUAGGUGACACCUUGUAGAGCCCUGCUCAGCAAUUCGUUGGGUUGCGACAACGUUGUCCAGGUUCCUCACAAAGACUAUGACAUUUUAUCACCAUAGGCCGAUCACUAGGGGGGGCGGGGGGGGCAGAGGACGCCGGGGAUGCGCGCCCGCUUUUUUUUCCUUUCAAUUUUCAGCAGCACACAGAAAUUCCGCCGCCUGUCUCCGGACAAGGAGUACCCCGGCAACAGAUCAACACCUCUUGGGACCAGCCUACCUGUCGAGGGUGCCGGUGUGCUCAAUCGAUGAAGACACUCGUACUGCUGCCGUGGGUACAUGGUUGGGCUGAUCGACUGUGCAGAAGGUGGCCGUGGUUACCGCAAAGGUGGCGCUGAAGGCAACGACAGGGCUGAACGUGAAUAUCUCGGAUUUCCUCAAGGACGUGAAAGAUGGGUUGUUCGAGGAGCUAACCGACCGCACUCUCGAUGAGGAGGCGCUCCUUCGUGCUGUUCUGGGUAACGACAAUAUCGGCGCAAAUUGCGAAGGGAUACGAGAGGGCCUUUAUCGUAUGAAGCGCUUUAGAAGUUCAUGGACAAGAAACAAAUUGAGAGGGUUAGGAACGCCCGGGACGGUGAUGGCUACAUAUACUUCAGGGACGAGAUGAACCGUGUCACCGACGGGAGGGGCGGUUAUGGUGUGGGUUCGGAACGAAAGCGUUCAAAAGUGGUUGGACUCGCGUUCGAUUGCUGCUCCAACU